ACUAUUUAUGAAAUAUAAACAUUGACUUAGGUAAUAGGUGAUGAUGAGGCUGAAAUGGGCAUAUACUAAUUAAGAUGCUCUUAUAAUAUAUAUACAAUACAUAUAUAUAUAGCACUUCAAUGCCAUUCUUCUUUAGACAAUCUCAUAUAUAGUCCUCAAUACUUCUCCAUAUUCAGAACUCAAAGUUAUAUUAUUUGAAAACUAUUGAGGAAAGCUUGAGACUUAGCCAUGGCAGGGGAACAAAUGGGAGUGCUUAAUGCACUCGAUGUGGCCAAGACACAACUCUAUCAUUUCACCGCCAUAGUUAUUGCCGGUAUGGGAUUCUUCACGGACGCAUACGAUCUAUUCUGCAUCUCUCUAGUGACCAAGCUUCUUGGGCGAAUAUACUACACCGACUUAGCCUCAGAAAAGCCAGGAAACUUGCCUCCCAACGUUGCAGCAGCCGUAAAUGGUGUUGCUUUUGUUGGAACCUUGACCGGCCAACUGUUCUUCGGGUGGCUAGGAGACAAGAUGGGGCGGAAGAAGGUGUAUGGACUAACCCUACUUGUGAUGGUUGUGUGUUCAGUGGCCUCAGGGUUGUCCUUUAGCUACGAUGCUAAGGCUGUCAUGGCCACUCUUUGCUUCUUCCGAUUCUGGCUCGGAUUUGGUAUUGGUGGAGACUACCCUCUCUCCGCCACCAUCAUGUCUGAGUAUGCUAACAAGAAGACCCGAGGCGCUUUUAUCGCCGCUGUUUUUGCCAUGCAAGGGUUUGGAAUUCUUGGGGGUGGGAUUGUUGCUUUGAUUGUCUCAACUGCAUUCAACGCAAAAUAUGAUGCUCCCUCGUACUUAGUCGACAGAGCUGGCUCAUUGGUUCAUCAGGCUGACUAUGUUUGGCGAAUCAUUCUCAUGUUUGGAGCUUUUCCAGCAGCAGUAACUUACUAUUGGCGUAUGAAAAUGCCUGAAACUGCUCGUUACACAGCAUUGGUUGCCAAAGAUGCUAAGCAAGCUGCUUCUGACAUGUCCAAGGUUCUACAAGUCGAGCUCGAAGCUGAUGUUGAAAAGGUAGAAAGACUAUCUCAAAGUAAAAAUUCAUUUGGGCUUUUCUCUAAGCAAUUCGCCAAACGACACGGUCUCCAUCUUGUCGGUACAACAACCACUUGGUUUUUAUUAGACAUUGCGUUUUAUAGCCAAAACCUUUUUCAAAAGGACAUUUUCAGUGCCAUUGGUUGGAUCCCUAAGGCCAACACAAUGAAUGCCAUUGAAGAAGUUUACAAAAUUGCUAGAGCUCAAACCCUAAUCGCCUUGUGUAGUACUGUCCCCGGUUAUUGGUUCACUGUUGCUUUUAUCGACCACAUGGGACGUUUUGCCAUUCAACUAAUGGGAUUCUUUUUCAUGACGGUGUUCAUGUUUGCCCUAGCUAUUCCUUACAAUCAUUGGACUCAAAAAGAUAACCAUAUUGGGUUCGUGAUUAUGUACUCAUUGACUUUCUUCUUUGCUAAUUUUGGACCAAAUGCGACGACAUUUGUUGUCCCUGCUGAGAUUUUCCCAGCCCGGCUAAGAUCCACGUGUCAUGGAAUAUCAGCCGCGGCUGGGAAAGCCGGAGCAAUGGUGGGAGCUUUCGGGUUCUUGUAUUCCGCUCAAAGUAAGGAUCCAACGAAAACUGAAGCUGGUUACCCACCAGGUAUUGGAGUGAAAAACUCUUUGAUAAUGCUUGGUGUUAUCAACUUUCUUGGAAUGGCAUUUACAUUUUUAGUACCAGAGUCAAAGGGAAUAUCACUUGAAGAGUUGACUGGUGAGAAUGAUGGAGAUGCUGAGCCAACUCCUCCAAUUGCUAACUAGAAACAUUAAUUAUUGUUAUUGUUUGAAUAUGUGAUUGUGAAAUUAUUUCCAAGUUGAAUUUUUUAUGUUUUGCCUUUUCAUUUUUAUUUUUUAUUUUGUUGGUUACUUGUAAUGGAAUAAUAAUAACUAUUAUUGUAUAUGUAUGUGUACUCUUGCAAAUCUUUUGCAAAAGCACAUGUAUAUAUUUUAGUUUGAUUGAAAUUUUUGUUUUUUUAUCUAUUAAUGUAAAUUGAUAUUUAUUUGUAAUGAUGUAAAAUUCAUGUGUUUGAAUAAGUUCUGUAUGUAACUUUCUUUUUUUGGUUUAAUAUAGAGCUUCAAAAGUCCAAAAAUAGCUUUUAAAAGCCCAACCAAUAAAAAUCGAUCUAAAUCAUAACCCUAAAAGUCGGUUUUGUAGAAAAAUAAUGGGAUUUUUAUUUUUAUAGUUUUUAAAGAAUAAGUUUACAAAAAUAUAAUUUUUUUUUUAAAAAAAUGUUAUUUUAUGGGAAAUUUAAAAAAUAAAAAAUAAAUAAAUAACAUAGGUACUUGGUUACUCUUUUAUGUUAAUUGGUUACCCUAUGGUUUCUUAAAGCUACUUGGUUACCUUUAUCUUAUUUUUCUAUAUUUUUUAACUUUCUUUUUAAUUUUCUCAUAAAAUAAUCUUUUUGAUAAAAAGGGCUAUA